UGAGGAGGACAUGUAUCGUGAUGCAGAAGAAAUAGAGAGAGAGAAAAUACUACUUUGUGACACAAGCUCUUCAGAAUAUAAACUAAGUGUUGCACCUGAAAUGGACAUCAUGGAGUAUUGCAGAAAAGAAUGGAGAGGAAAUACACCAGUAGCAAAAAGGAUGAGAAAGGGUUAUGAAGCAGUUGCUCAAAAGUUUGCAUCUAUAAGGAGAGUACGAGGAGAUAACUAUUGUGCUCUCAGAGCAACACUGUUCCAGGCUCUAAGCCAAGCUACCCAGUUACCAAGCUGGCUGCAGAGUGAGGAUUUUAUUAUGCUUCCUGAGAACUUGCUAAGCAAAUAUGACUGGAUCAAGCAGUGGCAGCUAAAACAGAAACUGGGCAGGAAGAUGGGAGAAAUAAGUGAUGAAAUUAAAGAAUAUUUAAUGCUUCUAAGGAGAAAGUGGAAGAAUAUAAGUGAAAUCAAAGGUUCUAUUGAGAAACAAGAAGCUUGUGAUAAAUUGUUUAAAAAUGAAGAGGAGGAGUAUAGUCUCUAUGAAGCGCUGAAAUUCUUGAUGCUUAACACUGCCAUCGAAUUAUACAAUGAUGAUAAAAAUGGAAGGAGAGUUCCUGUCUUCUCAUGGUUACUGUUUGCACGGGAUACAUCGAGCAACCCUUGUCAGUUAAUGCGUAAUCACUUGAAUCAUAUUGGUCACAGUGGAGGCCUUGAACAAGUGGAAAUGUUUCUCCUUGCUUACGCUCUGCAAUAUACCAUCCAAGUGUAUCGACUGUAUAAAUAUAGUACUGAUGAAUUCAUCACACUUUAUCCCAAUGACCCAGAGGAGGAUUGGCCUGUGGUGACUCUCAUAACUGAAGAUGACAGACAUUAUAAUAUUCCAGUCAGAAUGUGCCAAGAGACUAUGCUGUAA